AUGUGUCCUCAACAACACUGUAGCUCUUCCCCUAAGCCUGCAGGAUUACCCGGCCUACAAAGUGCCUUUUCCGAAGCUCUUGAGGAGCUCGAAGUGGAAAUAAACCUACAACCAGCACAGCCAGAAAUCAUGGUGCCAGUUCCACCCCAGUCACCAGAUGAGCUUUAUUUCGGAGAGAAUCUCCCUGAAGAGGAGUUUGAAGAGCAUGAGCCUGUUCCCACAAUCGAGCUCAAGAUUAUCGAAGACGAGCGAUUAUCAGAGUACGAUUACAACUGCUAUGAGGAGGAGCCGCAUACGAAGCGCAACCAGAAUGUGCUUGGUCUAAAGAUGGUUUACAUACAGCACGAUCUUACACAUGGUCGGUAUCCAACGCUGCCUAAGUACCCGGACCGCAUCGACAAAGUCUUUGGGUCCUAUGAACACUGGACAGCACUCCCGCCACCUGGGUUUCGUUCCAGGCGAGACCAAUUCGUUGACGAAGGCGAAACCGCUUUUUGCCAAUAUUUUCACAAACGCGGGCAAUUGCCAAAUCUAGAGGAGAGGAGCCGCUGGUUUAGGGCUCAGCAACAAGAUGAGGGACGUAAAGAUAGCGGAAACCCCUCGAUCUAUUGA